AUGGGAGAGGAUCGCAAAUUUGUACCCAUUGAAGUAAAUCAGACCGUCUGGACAGUGCCAUCGAGGUACAACUCUCUCGCCGUUGCCGGUCAUGGAUCCUAUGGCACAGUCAGUUACGUCAUUGACGGGAUUCUAGUAAAGGUCCUAAAUGGUUUUGACGGUGUGAAGUCUGCAUCCGGACACAAGCUGACUGAGCUUGAUUACACCGACGAUAUCGUCUCUGCCAAGGACACGGAAUUGAACCUUGAAGUUGCCAUUAAGAAGUUGGAUCGACCCUUUGACAAUGCAGAAUACGCUAAGCGGACUUAUCGCGAACUGGCUAUCCUCUCCCACAUGGAUCAUGAAAAUGUGAGUGUACAGGCGUCUGCUAUAGUGCGUGUGUUCUUCAUUCGUGAUUACAUCUCAGCAUUUAAAUAUAAUGCUGUUUUAGUCAGCACAACUACCACUUCAGCCAUGCAAAGUGUUUUAUCUUUCGUUUGA